GCAAGCGGCCGCCCGGAGGCCCCUGCGCUACGGCCCGACGGCUUGCCCGCCCGGCGCCGGAAGUGAGCUAUUUCACGGCGCCGCCGGGAGCUGCCACGUCUCAGGCCUGGAGCCGCCGCUGCCGCAGCCAUGGUGUCAGUAAUUAACACUGUGGACACCUCCCAUGAGGAUAUGAUUCACGAUGCCCAGAUGGACUACUACGGCACCCGCCUGGCAACCUGCUCAUCAGACAGGUCCGUCAAAAUCUUCGAUGUGCGCAAUGGAGGGCAGAUCCUCAUCGCUGAUCUCAGGGGUCAUGAGGGUCCUGUGUGGCAAGUGGCCUGGGCCCACCCCAUGUACGGCAAUAUCCUGGCAUCCUGCUCUUACGACCGCAAAGUCAUUAUCUGGAAAGAGGAAAAUGGCACCUGGGAGAAGACCCAUGAGCACUCAGGACACGACUCCUCAGUAAACUCUGUGUGCUGGGCCCCCCAUGACUACGGCCUGAUCCUAGCCUGCGGGAGCUCGGACGGGGCUAUCUCCCUACUGACCUACACCGGGGAAGGCCAAUGGGAAGUGAAGAAGAUCAACAAUGCUCACACUAUUGGCUGCAAUGCUGUCAGUUGGGCCCCUGCUGUUGUACCUGGAAGCCUCUUAGACCAGCCAUCAGGACAGAAACCCAAUUACAUCAAGAAGUUUGCCUCGGGUGGCUGUGACAACCUCAUCAAGCUGUGGAAAGAGGAUGAGGACGGCCAGUGGAAGGAGGAACAGAAGCUGGAAGCACACAGUGACUGGGUCCGAGAUGUGGCCUGGGCCCCCUCCAUUGGCCUGCCCACCAGCACCAUCGCCAGCUGCUCCCAGGAUGGUCGUGUGUUUAUCUGGACCUGCGACGAUGCGUCGGGCAACACGUGGUCCCCCAAAUUGCUGCACAAGUUCAAUGAUGUCGUUUGGCAUGUGAGCUGGUCCAUCACAGCCAACAUUCUGGCCGUCUCUGGCGGGGACAAUAAGGUGACCUUGUGGAAAGAGUCUGUUGACGGGCAGUGGGUGUGCAUCAGUGACGUCAACAAAGGCCAGGGCUCCGUGUCAGCUUCAGUCACAGAGGGCCAGCAGAACGAGCAGUGACCAGACAGGUGGGGCCAGGCUCCCCCACCUGCCAGCUCCAGGACUGCCCUUUCCUGGGCCAACUGACCAAACAACUGGGAAGAGCUCCCAACUCCAACAAGAUUAUUUUCCCAGGAAUGCCACAGUUUGAUCAUCUGCCUUAACAUGAUUUGAUAUGGUUCAUAAAUUUACUGUCCAGCUGAAAGUACUCAUGAAGAAGAAACUACAAAUGAUCCUCAAAUCUAUUAUUUUAAAAUAUUUUUGGUCAUUUUUAUGUACCUUUGGGUUCAGGCAUUAUUGGGGGAGGGAUGUUUCCAAAGUAAUUAAAGUCAUGUUGCUU